AUGGCGAAGAGAGCUGCAGAGAGAGCGGUUGCAGCAAUGAUGGGUUUGCUGAAGGAAAAUGCUGCAGAGGGAGAAAGUGGAGAGUCAGAGGGUGUAGCAGCGGGGCCACCUGCUGUGGAGGUUGGAGUAGGUGCAGGAGGUGAAGCAGAAGAGGCAGGUCCGCCGGUUGGUGUGGGGGCUGGAGGGGAAACUGCUGGAGAAGAGGCUGGUGCAGGUGGAGUUGCAGUUGGAGGAGUUGCAGUUGGAGGAGUUGCAGUUGGUGGUGUUGCUGGUGGCGGUGUUGCAGUUGGUGGUGUUGCUGGUGGUGGUGUUGCAGGUGCUGGAGAUCUGGGUGAUGGGGUUGCUGUUGGUGGCUGUGUUGGUGCAGCGGUUGGGGCUUGA